AUGCCUUCAGCCAUCUAUAAUCCCGUCGACGAAGAAGUUGCGGUUGUUGAGGUUGAACCACCCCCAGAAGCGGGCACUCAUAAUUUCGGCACAGCGUUUAUGUUCAAAUACAUCGAUCAAACUUUUAAUCUACUGGAGCCUGUAGGUCGCCUUUGGAUCAACUAUUUCCCACGAGCAUUUGGGGAAGAAACUGUAAUCAUGCCCCCAUCAUCACUUACCUUUAUGAUCUCUUGUUUAUAUGCUUUUGCAGAGAUCAAGUCGCAGGGAUCCGAGUUUCCUUUCCAAACACAUCCCCGGUCCACCAAUUUAGCUGUUACCAGUCUGCUUUUUUAUGGCGUGGCUUCCACAGCAGAACAUAUCGUUUCUGCCACACGUCUUGGUCCCGCUUCAGUUUAUGCCAUUAUUGCUCGUUUGGGAAGGAUUUGCUGUUUGUGCGUCUUGUUAAAAGCAUUGGGUAGCAUGAACUUGGAAAUUGACACCACCACCUCUACCAAGGCUACAACCACAUGCACAAUCAAGCUCAAGAUCAAUAUGCAAGUCACGAGAAUCGAGUAUUGCCUUCCACUUCCAGUCCAGUCGUCGGAGCAGAUGCUUGAUAGUCGAUGCUCGGUGGGUGCUUCAGGCAAUCCGGCUUCAUUGGUUCAUCCGUUCAACCUUAAGAGGGGUGACGUUGGACAGAGGCUAGGGCACAUAAUCGCUAAAGUUUGA